CAUUAAAGUGCCCACAACAGAUCGAUCGAUGUCAAAUUCACGAGCACAUCGACGACAGGGGGAGGGGUUCCAACCCAGCGACGUUGAACUGGAGGAGGAGGAGUUAACAUUCAUGUCGAUUCUCUUCGACCGAGGCGAACUAGGUGUCGCAAUCUAUAACGCGUUGACGACGAGUCUCAAGACGCUGCAGCUCCAGACAUCUGAUGCUCAGGAACUGGAGGAGGUUAUUGAGCGUCUGCACACGCAAUUCGAAGUGAACCAUGUGCUUGUUUCCUCUCGAAACGCGAGUACGAACGGAAUGCUUCGAAUGAUAAAGAAGCUCGACGAUACGCACCAGACGAAAACAGGUAUUAGCGUCCGCAAGCAUUCGGAUUUCAACUAUUUAAAAGCUUGCCAAUCAAUUGAGCGUGUUCAGCUUGGUGCAGCUUCUGACGAGUGCAGGGGGCCUCAGGCUAGACCAUCACGGCGAGAAGCGUAUACGUUCCUUGGGAGCUUCUUCAAUUUCGAAAGCACUCAGCUUAUUCGCGCUACCGGAGCCUUGUUGCUUUAUUUGGCCACCGAAAAAGUACGUGGGGUUGCUGAGAGGGUGAAAUUCAUUCAAUACGUGACGAGCAAUCUCCAGAUUGGGAAUCAAUUGGACGACUCCGAAUCCCUGUACUUCUCAACCGUGGAGCAAGUUGCACUUGACGGAUUCAUGUACAUCGAUAAGUCCACGCUGCAAUCUCUUCAAAUAUUUAACCAUGAGGCGCAUCCAUCACUAGUCAAGGGGUCUGGUCGAGCUAAAGAAGGCUUCAGUCUUUUUGGUCUUCUUAAUCGAACCGUGACCAAAUCGGGGGGAAGCAUGCUUCGCCGUUGGAUGCUGACUCCACUUGUCAGCAAUACCCAUAUCAACGAGCGUCAUAAUUCGGUCGCAUUUUUCACGGACACCGAAAACGACGAACUGCGGCAACUACUGCUGAAGCAUUUCCGAGAUGUAGCUGGGAUUUUCCAGCGCAUUAAAAGACGCUGCGCUUCAGUUGGUGACUGGUGUCGGUUUAUCACCUCAAUUGGAAGCUUUUUGGAAGCACAGUCCCUGAUCGAAGAUGCUUCUGAAACGAGCAUAUCUCCGCUGCCCAGCGUGUUCUCAAGGGUAAAAUCUGAGCGCGGUGUCACCCACGUUAGCAAUCUCCUUGGAAACGUAGUGGACUUCGAAGAGAGUCAACAAGAAAGUACUGUGGUUAUCCGAAGUGGAAUAUCCGAUACCCUGGAUGCAGCACGACAGCGCUACGAAGAUCUUGACAAUGUGCUGACGGAGGUCGCGUUUCAGGUUCAGGAGGCAAAUCCGGUUUUGUCAUCGAUUACAGUCCAAUACAUUCCUCAAGUAGGAUAUGUGAUCUGCUGUGAAUCGCCCACUACACUACCGGAUUUCGUGUUCCAAUUCCAAGAAGACGACACGACUUUCUACUAUAAGGAUGCUUGCUGCCGCGAUUUAGACGAAUCCAUCGGAGAUAUCUACGGAUACAUUCUCGACCUGCAAAGGGAGCUCCUGGAAGAGCUAACGAUGGCAUUGUUGGAGUAUGAAGGCAGCAUUCAUGAAAUGACCUGGAUCAUGUCGAACCUAGACUGCUUGAUUUCGUUCGCGUCCUGCGCAAAAAGCUUCAACUUUACCCGACCGUUGAUUUCUGAGGGUAGCACAUUGAAGGCAACCCAGGCGCGCCACCCUCUCCAAGAGCUACUUGUUGAGCGCUACAUUCCGAACGAUAUUUUUCUCGAUUCUAGUGACUCCAUCACAGUUGUUACGGGGCAUAAUGGAUCGGGCAAAUCUGUGUAUUUGAAAAUGGUUGGCCUUCUGCAAUACAUGGCUCAAAUUGGAUCUUUCGUUCCAGCCGAAAAAGCGGAGAUUGGACUGGUUACGAAAGUCUUCACCAGAAUCCAGAGUAUGGAAUCUGCGACAGUAUCCCAGAGCUCGUUCACGAUCGACUGUAACCAGAUGGCAUGGAUGCUAAACCACGGAGACGGUCGGUCGCUGUUCUUGAUCGACGAAUUUGGGAAAGGAACGGCGGAACUCGACGGAAUAGCUUUGCUCGUAUGCAGUCAUUCCGCUUAUGGUCGUUUUACGAUGACGCCUCUUGCUUAGAUUUCUAGUGCUACCACAGAGUUCCAUCAUCAACUACCUCGCUACCAAGCGCCUUACACCGGGAAGACCGCGUGUUGUGAUGACGACUCACUUUCUGGAGAUAUUCCGAAAUGAUUUACUUGAGCCAGAAUUGAUUGUCAACCCGUCACUUCGUCAGAAUGAAGGAGAACAACGUGAAGGCUCACCCACUACAGCUCGUGUAGUUUGCACCGUUAUGGCAUCGACGGACGCGCCAGAAUCAUAUUCUGCGACGUCUAGUGCUGCUCCGCUGUACGAGCUGCGUCAUGGUAUAUCGAGUCACAGCAAUGCGCUUACUUGCGCUGCAAAGUGCGGAAUACCACUAACAAUGGUUCAGCGAGCACAAGAAGUGCUGGAAUGCACCAAGCGUGGCGUGCCAAUAUCAUCUCGGCGACAGUCGGCAGGACCAUCACCUGCGGAGCAGCUCCAUGCAUUCUUCUCAUCAAUUGAUGACUGGCAAGCUACAGAGGACGAUGCCCUUUCCAAAUUCCUAACGAUAGCACGGAUGGGCAACCAGUGAAAUGUUGGUUUCGAUUAGAUAGGUUACGCUUGAAAUGAAAUUCUUAUAAAACAGA